GCUGCGAACUCAGUCGCCGUGUAGCAACCGUCCGGUGCGCAGCUCGCUCGCUCUCUCUUACUCUCUGCUGCUGCUGAUACUUCCUCGUAUCGGAACGGCUCCGCAGCACACGGCAUAAGAGUAUAAUAAGUAUCUCGCUAAAGGCCUGCAGCCAUGCUUCUGACACGCACGCACGCACGCACGUGAGGCGCGCGUUUCCCGGUUCGUCGAGCGCGCGCGCGCGUACAAGAGGGAGAGAGAGAGAAGCGUCGAGAAAAGUCGUCGCUAAUACUGCUGCACAGUGUGUGUCUCUCUCUCUUUCUCCGUGUGAGUGUGCAUCUGGUGUGAGUCGUGCAGUGCAGGUGCAGUCUAGGCGAAACAAGCCAGAUUAUACACUCUGCGUGGAGCGCCGCCCACUUUGACAGAGUGCAGCGAUAGCAGCGGACUAAGAGCACAUUAGCAGCAGCAGCAGCGUCAGCUGGCCGGAUCGAGGAGCAGCGCGCGACCCGCCGGCGAUGCCUUUCCACCAGAGCGGACACGUCGACGCGGUCGCCCUGAGCUACAGUAGCAGCGCCAUGGCGCCCCUAUCGCCCAGCAUCUCUCGACGCUACUCGAGCAACGCGAGCUCGAGCUCGAGCUCCUCGAGCCUCAGUAGCACCCCCAAGUACAACUCGUAUCGAGCCAGUGCUGCCAGCUCCAUCCAUGACCGGCCGAGCUACAGGACCAACGAUUACUCGUCGAAAACGUCCUACAACCUGCCUAGGUUGCAGCCGUCGUCCUCGUACUCAGACUCGACGCACCGCUACACCGGCACGUCGGGACGAGGCAGCAGCAGCAGCAGCAGCAGCGGCGUCGGCAGCAACGGCUUGAGCAGCCUCUCGACGAGCUUCGACCUGAGCAAGUACUCGCCCCACCACUACGUGCCCAACAUCCAGCGCAGCAACGCGAGCAGCUCGAGCCUGCUCCAGCACAGCCACCUGCACAGCAGCGGCAGCGUCGGGGGCAGCAGCGCCGGCAGCCUCGCCUCCAGCACCUCCAGUGGCAGCCUCCACUCCUCGGCGGCCGACCUCCUCGGCGGCGACGAGGCCAGCGGGCGCAGCCACCGCGAGGCCUCCAUCUCUUCCUCGAGCGGCUCGUCGCCCAGCAGCCAGCUCUGGAGCACCAAGCAGCGCCGCGGCGACGAGGUAACCGGCUGCUGCACCGACCAGCGCAACAACAACAAUAACAACAACAACAGCCCCGCCGGCGGCGCCAGACUUGCGCAACUCGACAACAACAACUCGACCGACAGCGACGACUUGACCGAGCCAAAGCCGCUACUGCUGGCACCGCCGCCGCCGCUGCCAGCUGGCUUCUCCGCGGGCUGCGGCAAACGGGGCAGCCAGACAGCGGCGUCAGCUACCAGUAGCACUAGUCCCACCACCGCCACCACCGCCACCACCGCCACCACCGCCGCCACCGCCGCCACCGCCACCGCCACCUCCACCUCCGCCGGCAGCGGCUGCUCGUCAUUCUCCCCGCCCUCUAACCCCUCGGCUAAUAACACCGAGCAGCAGCAGCAGCCGCUCGCUACUAACAACAAUGCGAGCAGCCGUUACCACUCGUCCGCAGCUGGCAUCGCUGGCGGCAUCAGUAGGACCACGACGAUGCUCGCCGCCGCGACCGGGGAGAGCCUCGCCGUCGUGAGCCAGGCCGCCGACCGGCCCACUCUCAACGGCGAGACCAACUCCUCCCCCUACUUCGCUACCAGCGGCAGCGGCGCCGACCAGAGCGGACUGGAGAACAGCGCAGCGGCGGCCGCCUCGGACAACCUGGAAGCCGGCAGCGUCGGCCCCCUCGGCGGACAGGCCUCCUCGGACAGCAACUCCUCGAGCGAAUGCAGCACAAGUGGCGGCAGCAGUGGCGGCAGAUCGAACGGCGGCAGGAGCCGUCUGCAGGGCACGCGCGACGAGCGCUGCGGCCUCAAUGGCCUGCGAAACAUCGGAAACACGUGUUUCAUGAACAGCGUAAUACAAUGCCUGAGCAAUACGCGGCCGCUGUUGGAGUACUUGCUGAACGAGCAGUACCUGACCGACAUAAACACGACGACGUCGAGUAUGAAGGGUGCCCUGAUCAAGGCUUUCAGCCAGGUGAUCCAGGAGCUCUGGGAGAACGACGGCGACCACGUCGUCAACACCUCCUCGCUCAAGUCCCAGAUCCAGAGAUUCGCGCCGCGAUUCAUGGGCUACAGUCAGCAGGACGCGCAGGAGUUCCUGCGAUACCUGCUCGAGGGUCUGCACGAGGACGUCAACCGAGUCACUGUCAAGCCACAACCCAUUCACACCGACAUACCUGACAGUUAUUCGGACAGUAUGAAGGCGGCGGAAAGCUGGAAGCGCUACCUACGCAGUGAGGACAGCACGAUAGUAGACGUGUUCGUCGGGCAGCUGAGAUCGUCGCUGCGCUGUACAGUCUGCGACCACGUGUCCGUGACUCUCGAUCCGUUCUGGGAUCUCAGUUUGCCGAUUCCCUCGCGGAGCGGCACCGUCAGGCUCAACCAGUGUCUUGAGCACUUCACCAGGGAGGAGGUGCUCGACGGCGACGAGAAACCUACUUGCUCCAAGUGCCAGAUGAGGAGAAAGUGCACCAAGAGCUUCGCCAUACAGAAAUUCCCGAAGAUUUUGGUUAUUCAUUUGAAACGGUUCUCACCGAUGGAGCGAUUCCGCGGCAAAUUAAGCGUGUUAGUGGACUUCCCGCUGACGGGUCUGGAGCUUAGUGCUUUCGCGGCUCCCCGAGUUCAAGGCUGCACAUACAACCUGUACGGCGUGGCGAAUCACUCGGGUACGACGCACUCCGGCCACUACACCGCCUACUGCAAGCAUCCCUACUCCGGCGAGUGGCACGAGUACAACGACAGCAGGGUCACCCCAGUUUCCGCGCGAUCGGUCGUCUCCAGCGAGGCCUACGUUCUCUUCUACGAGCAGCAACCCCACAGCUCGCACCUCUAACCCGCGAAGCGAAGCAGGCCCUCCUACUCCCCGUCAUCCUUCUCCUCCUCCUCCUCAUCCUCCUCCUCGUCUUCUACUUCUUCUUGCCUACCCCUCCUCGAUGCCUCGAUCCACAAAACUUGACCUUUCCUAAACUACCAUUUUUACCGCUCUUCGUCCACCAACGACAGACGAAAAUCAUCGGCCCGACACCACGCUAGAAUCAAGCUGGAAAGCUCGCUCAUCAGCUUGCGCCACGGUUCUUGGAAAUUAUUCUUUUGGCACCUGGUCCGCCUUUUCCUGCUGCUGGACUUUCUUAGAAAAUUCAUCUUUAGGCGCCGCGACUCAAGAUAACUUCUUCUGUUUUAAUCUCCACCGCUGUCACCGCUAUCUACCAUCACCGCUGAUGCUGCUUAUUCUGUGAACUUUUUUUUUUACUUCGAGGCGGCCAUUGAUUGGUGUGUAAAUAGGUGAUGCUGUGGACUUUUUACAUUGUACCAAAGAAUACCUACCGACGUUUCAAGCUUUCUCAACGAUUUUAUUCCCGUUAAGCAUCUUCUAAAUUUCAUCGAGCGACGGUGCAACGCAACGAUACAGCAUUGCAGCGUACACAUACACUUUGGAUAUCUAAUUCGAAACGGUCGAAAUUGUAAUUGGUCACUGCAAUGCGCAUUUGAACGAAAAUACUCCAGGUCAUACUUUGAAGAAAAGCACCAGUCAGAUCAACGCGCUAUCUUAAAUGUUACUCAAAAUUUGAAGAAAAAAAACAAUGUAAUAACUCUUUAAUUUACGACAGCCUUUGUGAGAUUUUUUAAAUUCGGACAAAAAUUGCGCUCUGAAUCAGCACAGAUACUCAUAAUUCACACCGAUGUGUUAUGUUUGAUGUUGAUGUAGUUUAAAAGUUGAAUGAAAGCUAGUCAUCGUGUAGUUGAGGUAAUGUCAUAUAUCACGCUAUCCAGUUUUGAACGGGUCGGAUUUCCAUGGUUUGCAAAUGUGUAAUGUGAAAGCUUUGGAAAAUCUACGGCCUGGCUAUUUAGCACUGUUAAAUUUUCUUAUUAAAAUUAAAACUUUCAUAUUAUAGAAGAUUUUUAGCCAAGGGAACUUUUGGCAUGUUGCUUCCACACAUAAAAUAUUUUUAUAAAAAUAAAACCAGUUGAACUAAGCCGAAUAAUAAAUAAAAAUCAGGAUAAAUGAGUGUAAGCGCAAACAUUUUUAAAUCAUUAGCAUACUGCAUGUAUAGUGGAAGUAAAACGUGUUGCCAAUUUGGAUAUAAUUUAUUUGUAAAAGCUUUACAAGAUCCUUGAUCAACGAAAGCUCAAUGAAAAAAAUUAGAAAAGAAUAGGUUUUUGUUUUAUUGAGGAUACGAAGUCGAUGAAGUUUUUCACUUCCUCCCCGCAUUCCCAUGUUGUGGAUUCUCUACUCUGUUUUUCUCCGUGUAUAGUAAAAGAAAAUCGCGCGUCAAUCAAUUUUCUUUGUAUUGAUGAUUCGUUUAGACUUAACCAGCAACACAUUUUGGUACAGAAAGCAAAUUACUUUGGCUGUACUACCAAGAUCAGUCAAAGAUUCGACAUCUAUUAUAUGCAAUGCUAAAAGAGAUUAUUUUAGAUAACUUUUAAUCAUUCAGACAGGAAUUUGUAAAAUAUACGUCAAGUGAAGAAUGUUAAAUUUCAACGUGAUUUUUUAUCAUCGUUGAUGAUGGUACAGCUGUAAUGAGAAUUGUACCAGAUAUUUUAUUGUGAAUAAUUUGAGUGAUAAGGGUACUAGAGUCUCUACGAGUGAAUAUACAUACAAAUAAAGGAGUGUUGGAUGGGAAGAGAGUCAUUAGCGUUUUUGCCAAGGUAUAUACAUACACAAAAUGUCUAAACUAGCUUCGACUGUUAAGAUUUUUAUUUCUUAGAUGUUUAUGGAUAUUUUAUAAUAAAUAUUCAACAAGUCGCAAUGGCUCAAGCGUCUACUUAAGCUAAAUAUUUGAAAGACUCUGGCAGCACCUUGACAAGCGUAAUUAAGUAUUUUACAACGCACCAAGUACAUUUGGUACCACAUCACAAGGAAUUAAAAUGUAACAGAUAAUAACGUUUACUUCAGUGCUGUUGCAGCUCGUUCAAGUAUUUUCCAGGGCGAAAUUCUCUUUUAUUCUUUGUGACAUCACUUCUCACUGAAUACCCGGCAACUUACGACUAUUUACUUUUGUAAAAUAUUUUAUUUAAUGAAUUACAGCCAAGAAUUAUUUAUUUAAUUUAUGAACAGAGAAAAUAAUAAAACAAAUAUUAAUAUAUUCGAUAUUGACGAAUACAAUAUACAUAUAUAAAUACACACACGCAUAUAUUAUUAUACGUAUUGAAAAUUAAAUACCAAUAAAAAUAACAAAGAUUAA